AUGGUCAACGGCACCACCACGGUGUUGGAGCCCACCUUUAUGGGAUAUGUUGCAACAACACAGGAUGCGCUGAUUCUGUUUGAAGCCUGUCUCACAGGCGUCCUGCACCAUGUCCCUCGUCGCCCCCACGAUCGGGAACGGAGCCACCUCGUUCGCAGCGGCAGCGUCUUCAUCUACGAGGAGAAUUCGUCGGGGAUCAAGCGAUGGACGGAUGGGGUGACUUGGAGUCCCAGUCGUAUCCUGGGCAACUUCCUGGUGUACCGAGAGCUGGAGAAGCCCUUUCCGCCAGGGGAGAAGAAGAGAGCGAUGAAGAAGGCCAAUCGGCGCCCGGUGCCGUCGACGCGACCGGGGGAGCCGUAUCCGCGACAGGACAGUAACGGAGGCUAUUCUCCUUCCUCGACAACCGGGCCUUUUGGCGAUAGACCGCAUCAGUCCGACGUGGAACGUGCGCUGGUGGGCUCGCUGGUGGAUUCGUACGGUUUUAAGGAUUCGGGGUUGGUUAAGAAGACGAUGAGCGUAACGGUCUCCGGAGUGACGCAUCAUCUGGUGUCUUAUUACAGCGUGGACGAUGUGCUCCACGGGAUGCUGAAUCCGCCAUCGGUGGUCGAAUCGCUGAGAUAUAUCCGGCCCCGUGCAGAACUAACGCAGAAGCAAAGCUUCCGGGCCCCCAUUGAUGAUGUGGAAACUGGAGGGUUGGAGAAUCCGAAUGACCCGUCGCAUGCGCUAUACGGUUAUCGACCUCACGCUCCAGGCUAUGCAAUGACGAACUCGCAUCCCGAAUACUACAUGCACCCGCCUUAUACGGCGAUCCAUCCUCCCCAGUCCACACCAAUACCUGGAUACUCGAUGGGAGGGUCGAUUCCGGCACAAUCCGCCCCCAAUCCAUAUCUGCCUGCACCAUCCGCCCCUACUCAAAUCCCACCGAAACCGGAGGACUACACGCAGUUCCGACAGCCUUCGUAUGGCACCAGCUUUGAUGCGCUCGGCCACAACCCUCUAUCCUCGUCAAUCCCGUCGGUUCUCAACACGGCCAUGCCGAGUUCCUUGAGCGACCGCAACCGAUCCCAUUCCGACCACAGCCCGUCCGCCUACCGCAACUCAUCGAUAUCCUCGCGCAGCGUGGCCACGGACGCAACGUCACCGAUCGAUCCCUCGACUCCUGCUACAUACUCGCGGGGCGGGAGUUUCAGUCUGGGCCCGCUUGACGGGUCGCAUCAGCAUCUGGAACACCGGGGGCUUGGGGGAUUUGACCCAGGCAUUUCGCGUCGGGAGUCGGGCCCUAUUCCUACGCCUUAUUACACGGGCGGGGACCGACAUCAAUAUUACGUGGGGGCCACGGCCCCGGGCGCACACGCCGGGUAUCCAGUGUCGACGUGGACCACGGCACCACCCGCGCAACCUCAGAUCUGA